AUGGCGUUUAUCGGUCGCGCCAAGGAAGGCGCAAACGAGCGCACCGUCUCGUACAACUCUUUCGUGACAAAGGACAAGGGCUCGCCCCCAACCACCUGGCACCAGUCGGACAAUGAAGACAAUGUGCUCUCUGCAAGCGGGCGCGCGGCGCUAUCACCCACCCUCGCCGAGUUUCCAGGCUCAUUAAGGUCGCGUCUCGGUGAGCCCAGCUCUAACCGCGGCCUUGGCCUUGGCGACGCCGGUCCCAGCGAUUCUGGGUACUCUGAUCGCGACUCGUACCGCUCUGCAGGCUCCAACGUGAUCAGCGGGUGGCGGAGAAGACUGGAAGACGCGAACAACGCCGGCGACAACGACGGCGCGAGCAUCUACACGCCCGCCGUUCCCCAGCCGACCACCGUCCGAAGUAACGCUCUCGCGUCAAACAAGAACCUGCAUGCCGUGCCUGCCGAGCGCGAGUCCACAUCCACGUCCUCGUCCUCAACCUUACCCGUCGCGCAAAUGUUCACCACGGGCCAGUUCAUGACGCCACGAGGCAGCACUGGCGCGUCGUCGACCGGCGCGACGGGGUACGACAGCGAUCUCAACACGGGGUACACGUCCCCGGCGCGUAUCGUCUCUCCGCAGCCUUCAACACAGAGCUCGUCCAAGAAGCUCCCUAGGUAUGAUCCGCGCGGAUACCCUGUCAAGGAUGGCAGCAAUCCCCGCGAUCUGCGCGUGUCGACGUCGUCGCCAUCAAAAUGGCAACGGCGCCCAGACAGCACCGCGUCGACGAGCUCGAACCGCUCGUCAUUGGACGGCAACUACAAGACAAAGUCGCGUCGGUCGUCGGUCGGCGACGCGUACGGUGGCUUGGCAGUCCCAGAGACGCUGGCCGACGGCAAGCACGCGUCGAUGCAGUCGUUCAACUCGUUUUACCCUCCUUCGCUGGCCGAGUACAUCGCCGGAACAGAGGGCAAGCAGCGCGACGACCAGGGCCCACGCGUCGCAAACUCGAUCUACACGGCCAGCACGCACUCCGUCUUGUCGCUGCCCGAGACCGACGAAAGUGGCAUGCAUUUCGCCGACGACGACAAGCUGAAACGCGGUGUGGGAGACUUUAGCAUCAACAGAAAGGGACGGCGAGAGUUUGUUAGCAUGCUCGUCGACCCAACAGAAUGGGCGGGCAUCGGCCCCGAAGACGACGACGACUUGCAUAACCCAAAUGUCGAGCAGAAGAAGAUGCCAGUGUGGCGGGCUCUGCUCACGCCGCGUGGCGCCAGCAACCUCGGCUGCGUUCUCCUCCUCAGCGUCAUCCUUGUUCUCCUGUUCAUGGUCUACCCAAUCGUCACGGCGUACCACGGUCUGCCAAACUACUCGCACAUGGGCGGGUACAACAUUGGCGGCAUCAACGCGUCUGGCCAGCUUCCAGACCUGCACAUGUACUCGCUCAUUGACCGCGACACCCCGCCCGAGGCGUACAAGAAGGUCUCGUGGGACACUGGCGAGGAGUGGCAGCUCGUCUUUUCCGACGAGUUCAACCACGAUAAUCGCACCUUUUACGAUGGAGACGACCCGUAUUGGCAGGCGGAAAACCUCCACUACUGGGCGACAAACAACCUCGAGUGGUACGACCCCCGCAACAUUAUCACCCGUGACGGUAACCUCGUCCUCACGCUCAACAACCACAAGUCGCACGGCCUCAACUACACUGGCGGUCUUGUGAGCUCGUGGAACCGCUUUUGCUUCACUGGCGGCUACAUUGAGUCAAAUGUUUCGCUCCCCGGAAAGAGCAACGUCUACGGCCUGUGGCCCGCAAUCUGGACCCUGGGUAACCUCGGAAGAGCAGGAUACGGUGGCACCCUCGACGGCCUGUGGCCCUACUCUUACGACUCGUGCGACAUCGGUACGCUUCCCAACCAGACCCUCAACGGCCUGCCCAAGUGGCGCGAGGGUGAAGGUGACUGGAAGUAUGACAAUGCCCUCUCGUACCUCCCCGGCCAGCGGCUGAGCCGCUGUACAUGUCCGGGCGACCCGAACCACCCCGGACCACUCCACUCGGACGGCUCCCUUGUCGGCCGCUCCGCUCCCGAGAUUGACGUCUUUGAGGCCUUUGUCGACGACAAGGGCAACCUCGACGGCCGUGUUUCGCUGUCUGCACAGUGGGCCCCCUUCAACCCAUCGUACACGUGGCCCAACACUUCCGACACCUACUUUCACAUCUACGACAACACCACUGUCAAACUGAACGAUUACCGCGGCUCUGCAUUCCAGCAGGCGACAUCAGCGACCGCGCACACGGACCAAAACUGCUACACGCAGGAAACGGGUUGCUUUUCCAUUUAUGGUUUCGAGUACCUCCCGGACCGAGACAAUGGCUACAUUACGUGGAUCAGCGACAACAAGAAGGCGUGGACCGUCCGCUCGUCGGCCAUGGGGCCGAAUGCCCGUUCACAGGUCGGCCAGCGCAUCAUCUCCGAGGAGCCAAUGUACAUUGUCAUCAACCUCGGUAUCUCUGAAAACUUUGGUGCGGUCGACUACGAGGGCCUCGCGCCGCUUUUCCCAUUCGAGAUGCUUGUCGACUACAUUCGCGUGUAUCAGGACCCCAAGGCCAUCAACAUUGGCUGCGAGCCCCCUGGUUACCCCACGCAGGACUACAUCAAGCAGCUCGGACCUGCGUACUACAACCCCAACAUUGUAAGUGGCACCCACCCCCCACCAGGCACAUAUACUAACGGCCCCCAGACCACCUACCCGCAAGCCAUGGCUGCCAACCCCAACAUUGCACUCCCUCGCAACAGGCUCACCCACGGGUGCUAG